GAGCACGUCACCGCAAACAACGCGUGCGGCGCGCCCCACUCUCGCGCCUCAACCGCUCGGUCGCCCUCCCGCCCGUCGCUCCUCAACCGCGACACGCUCGCCCGGCCGCCGCGGGCCGACUGCGGAGCCGCGGCCGGACGCGAACGCGCUCGCUCACAACAAUGGAAAUGCAGCAGCCGCAGCCAGCGGUGGCGGGCGCGCCGCUACCGGAGCGCCAGUCGGCGCAGCCCUACUACUUGGAUCAGUCGCCGCCUGGGUACCGCCUUUACGGGGCCAACUUGGAGCCGCAUCAGCCGGCCCCGACACCCAGCGGGCAUGCGGCAACCCCAACCGGUGUCAGCGGUGGCUGCCUGCCUCCGUCGCCAUCCCAGUCCCUCUGCGCGCACGCCCAGUUACCGUGCGCGUCCGUGGCUGCAACGCCUUCAAGCGCAGGAGGCGCUCCUGCGCCCACCACCGUCAUCACAGCUGCAGCUGCUGGAGGUGGCGACAGCGGUGCACACGGUGAUGUUGUCGGGUCUGCGACACCGGCAGCAGCGGCGGUGAUGGCUCCGGCGUUGCAGCACGCCAUCAGCCAUGUGGCGGCCCCCUCGGGCGCGCUGCCAUACUUCCCGCACCACUCCCACCUGCAGCCGCAACCCCACGCGCAUUACCAGCACCAGUACCAGCACCAAUACUCGCACCAGUACCCGCACCAGUACCCGCACCACUACCAACACCAACACCACUACCAACACCAGCACCGGCCCCAGCCCCAGCCCCAGCCCAAGCACCCGCAGCACUUCCACUCUCACCAGGAGCAGCCAUGGGGCACCGGGCAACACGUGUCCCCCCUCGCUCCAGGCGGGAUGAGCAGCUUGACGCCGUCGCCAUUCAGCCCGGCCACUGCCGCCGCCGCCACGGCCGCAGCAGCCCAUGGCGCACCUUCAGGCGGCGCCGCCACAAGCCCCUUAGUGCCGAGCUUCUCAUCGCCGCUGCCAUGGCAGCAGCCACAGCAGGAGCCGCGUCAGACUUCUUGUGCUCCGGCACCGUGUGAGCAACAACAGCGGCAACAGCUGCAGCAGCCAGGGCAGGGCCAGGAGCCUCACGCCUCGGCUGCAGACACGGCUGUGCCGCUGCCGCAAACCAUGUCGGCGCCUGCCGCCCUCAACCACCUGCAGCUAGCGCCGCCGCCCCACUACCACUACAGCUACCCGGGGCCGCAACCGCCAGCGCAACAGCACUCCCAGCAGCCGCACAUGCCCGUGCAGCCUGUGCCGCCGCCUGCCCCCCAGCCGCCGGGGCCUCCGCCGCAGCCGCCUCCACAGCUGCAGCCUCCCAUGGUCUGGGCGGCGCCACCCUACUGGCCGCACAGCGGGCCGCCGGGCGUGUCACCGAGGCCGUGUGCCCCACAGCCCGCCACUGCACCCCAGCAACAACCGCCGCCGCAGCCACAGCACCCCUGGCAACAACCGCGAGCGCCCCCGUUCCACCAGCCGCCGUCCUCUCCUCCGGCUCCACCUCCUGCGGCUCUCCCGCAGCCACGGCCACCGCCGCUGCCAAUCCCACCGCGCCCGCCGCCCUCGCUACCCGCCCCGCUGGUGUGGCUGCCAAAGCCCAACUGGUGCGCCUACCACAUUCUCCGCUGGCAGGCCGCCGCCAACCACAUCCUGUUCUACCUGGUCGACCAUGACUACAAGGCAGUGCUGGCAGUGGUGGGCACUGACCUGCGCUUCUCCGGCCACUUCGUGUACUCCACGCUGCCUGAUGGCCCCGUGGCUGGCAGCCCCCUGCGCUGCACCAACCGCAACAGAGUCAUGGACUGGCUGGCGCAGCAGGGCGCAGUGGACCCUGCCGACGCCUCCCGGCUGCGGUUGCCGCCGCUGGCGCCGCACGAAUUGGCGCUGUUGGAGUCCUCAGAUCCGCUGUUCAGCCGGCCCGCGGAGAGCGUACUGGACAGGCGCUACAGCUCCUGGCGUGAGGAGGUGGGGGUGCUGCCGGACGGACGCCACAUCAAGCAGUUCUGGGUGUCAGCCGCCCCGCCGGCCGGGUGUGGCGAGGAGACCGGCGGCGGUGACGGCGCGUGUGAGGGCCGGCCGGGCCAGCGGUCGGCGGCUGCGGCACUGCCGGAGCGGCUGGUGGUGGUGGCUGAGGACAGCCACCGCCGGGACAGGCGCUACACGUACCGCGCCUUGCCCGAGUUCGGCGGAUUCGUGUUCGAAAACGGCCACUGCGCCAAGGAGUGGCUCAGCUUUGUCGUGGGCAGGAGGCUGCAGCCAACCGCGCUGCCGCAGCGGCCACCGCGCCGCAAGGGAGCUGCUGCGACAGCGGGUGCCGCCGCAACCGCUUUCACUCGCGUGCCGCCGCAGGCCAACGGCGGUGUCCGGCGCAACAUGUCGCGCACCAACGGUGCUAGCAGCCCCAGCAGCGAUGCCAGCGACGGCGGAGGUCCGCAGGAGGCCGGCGGCACCAGCUCAACACCCGGCAGCGCCAGCGGUCAGCAGCAGCGGCAGACCCCAAGCGCUGCCGCGGAAGCGACUGCCAGCGCCACGGCGGCGGUUGCUGCGGCGGCGGCGCAGCCCAGCCCCGGCGCUGACGGCAGCCGCCGUGGCGUGGCUGCUGCUGUGGCGGCUGCGGUGGCAGGUGUGGCAGGCAUGGACUGGAGCCAGCUGCGGCUCGGCGGCUCCGGCAGCGUGCCACCGGCGGCAGGUGUAGGCGCAGGCGUGGCGCCACCUAGCCCUUUUUCUCCGCCACCCCAGCCGCCACAGCUGCCACCGCCGCCACCGCCGCCACCGCCGCCAGUCUGGGCGGCUCAAGGUCACGGUGUCGGCUCAGCCCCCAGCCAUGUUCCACCCAACAACCAGAGCCCGCUGCUGCACCCGGGCACGCAUCCACCGCACCACCACUUGCAGCACCCACACCCACACCUGCACCCGCCCGCCGACCCACACCCGCUGCUGCACCCGGGCGUGCCGCAGCUGCACCCCGGUGUGGAUCCGGGCAGCUGCGGCCCUGCCAGCAGCGCCUGGACAGCCGCCGGGCAGCACCCCCUUCUGGCGACGCCGCCGCCGCCGCACCACCACCACCACAACCGCAACGCACACGGCCGCGCCGACGUGUCGGGUGGUGGCCACGCCGGCGCAGUGCCGCACACUGCCGCGCCGCCAGCGCAGCAGCAACAGUUUGCCGCCGCAACAGCCCGCCCUGUAACGCCGCCGCUGCCGUCGCCUCCGCCCCACCCCGACAGCCAGCUACUCGCGGACCUGUGUAUGACGGUGGACGAGGACGGCGACGACUUUGCGGACUGGCUGCUGCGCACCUGCAGCGGCGGCGAAGGUCUGCUAACGGACUGGUGGAAGGGGCCAGCUGCCAGCGGUGACGGCGGAGCGGUCGGCGCAGCAGGCGGCGUGGCCAGCGUGACCGGGGGGCAUGGUGGCGGCGGCGGCGUGGACGCGAUGGAUGUCCAGCACGUCAAGUCAGAGACUGAGGUACCGGCCGGUGGCGAUAGCCCGCACGCGGAGCAAAAGCCUAGCUAUGGCGGCACCGGCGGCGCCGCUGGGUUUGCUGCUGUCGUGGCGGUCGCAGCCGGCUCACCAUUACCAGCGUCGCCGCCGCCCUCGCGGUCGCGCUCGGGCUCGCCACCUGCCCCACGCGCACCGCCCAGGGCCCAGCAUUCGGGCCCCGGUUCCGACCACCCCCAGCCUAUGGACAUGCAUGGCUUCGGUGGCGGAGGCGGCGUCACUGUUGUGGCUUCGGACGCCACUGACGGCGAGGCCUCGACCGCCCCAGCCGCAGCUGCAGCCGCCAUCCACCAGGAGCAGCCGCUGCAGCCAGAGCCGCGCCCGCCCCUGCCGCCGCGGCAGCACGCCGCAUCCGCUGGCCUCGUCACGGGCAUGGGCAUGGAACCGGGGGUGCAGGCGCUUGGCGGAGGUGGCUUUGGCGAGGGGCUUGGCGCGGGACUGGGCGGGCUGCUGGCGUGGGACGGCGGCCCCGACGCGGACUUUGACGUCUUUACGGCGCCUGACGUGCGCGCCGCGUUCCAGCACAGCCCACGACUGCUAGACUGGGUGGCAGGUGUGCCUGACGCCGGCUCCCUGUCUGCCUACCGGAGCUGGGCGGCCCUGCUGCGCGGCUUCGCCUCGCAGGCUGCAGCUGGCUGCAACACGGGCGCCGCUGGGGACGCACGGCAGCCUGCAGCCGGAGCUCUCACAGGUCCCACGGAGGCGCACGUGCGGGAGCUGCUGGACGAGCUGUCGAGGCAGUGCGUCAGCCUGCGCGUGUGUGUGGAGCUGAGCGGGGCGGUGGUGGCGCUGCGGGACGCCUGCCGCGGGCGCCAGCCGGGGGUGGCAGCGGCGGCGGAGCGGCUGCUUGAGGAGUGGCACGGCGUGGCGGCGCAGGCGCUGGGCACGGCGGCACAGGCGCUGAGCGUGUCACGAGCGAACAGCGGCUCCGGCAGUGGCGCCAGUGCUGGCGGUGCGGGUGCUGGCCUGGGCCUGAGCGACGACCCGAUGGAUUGGCUGUGGUAGACCGCUUGGCGGCCCGGACACGCACAAACACGUAGUUGUAUUCCUUGUCCUUUUUAACACACACGUAGUUAAUCCUCCCUUGGCUACUCACUACCGGUAGCAUACACGGUAAAGAGCUAGCUCGGCCCGCCGUGAUCCGAUUAUCGGAAAGGGGGCGGGCCGUGCGGCACACCCCUCACACGUUGGUGACAAGUGCAUAAACAGUGAGGCGGCACGGGUAGUGUCCUGCAGUGCGUGCGCUCGUGAGCUGCAUCAAGCAUGGUUUGCUGUGGAGUGGUAUCAUGGUAUCAAGCAUGUGUUGUUGUGUGUUGCCCUAUGAUAGUGUUGCUUUUGCAUGUUGGCACAUAAUCCAUGCCAUUACGGCAGCAGUGAUGGUGAGUCCUGUGCUGUGGCGGUGCGACACGAGCGGGGCAUUGCCCCUCGUGGCGGUCAGGCGCAGGGAUGUAUCCCGCGUGGUGCACCCCUGGCUAUGUGGGUUUGGGUUGAUGGACACAUGUUGAUACGAAGCACGCUCACGCAGUGGUCAAGUGGUUUUGCGUCAUGCCAAACGGUUCUGUUUGUGUACCAUUUACGAGUUUCAGAGACGUUUACGGUAUUGGGCGUUCAAUGAUGGGCUGUACAUCAUCCGGGGUAAAGGUCUUAAGAUGGACAUCAUCUUGGGUAAUGAUUGUAGGAGACAGCGCUAGAAUGUAGGGACAGGGCCUGGAGCAGCCCUCUGUUUGCCGCUUGCGCUCAGGCGGAGGCUCAUCUGCGCCGGGAGCAGAGCCGUACGCGGACCGGACCGGACCAGGUAAGAGUGGUGGUUGGAGUACGGAGAGACACAGGGGUUAACUUUGAACCAAUCCCGUAAGGAAACAGAGAGACACAGGGGGCGCUGCUAUGGUCAAUACGUGAGUUCCGGGCUGAGGCCAAACACACUGCCGCUUCGUGUGGGAACGCUCGGCGAGAGAGCCUCGGAAGGUCGACCGGUGCUAGACAGUCGG